GUUUGAAUGUUCGAUGAGAGGAAGUCGAUUCUUAGCUUCACUGCGGAGCUUCUUCCGCCGCACGAAACAUGUGCUUCACGAACACAUCGUAUACUUUGCACGAGUGCAUUAUGGGUACUUGCGAUAAAUCGUUUCAUGAAAUAAAACUGAUGUCUAAGAUUUUAAAACUUGUUGCUUAUAAGAAAAAUUGAAAUUAUACAUUCCGUUAAAGAUCGUUAAUAAAUUUCGUUUGUUAUAAAGAUCGAACUCAAAGGAAGAAUAAAUAAAAUUAUAUGAACUUGUUGCAUAUAUAUUCGAAAUUUUUAAGGAAUGUAAUUUAUACAUAUGUUUGUUAACCAACCAAUUGUAAUCGGACCAGCUCAAAAUACAUAAGUGUAAAUAAUUUACGAAAUUAUACAAUCGUAUACAUUAAAUAUAUUAUACGAUAACAAUAUGACUGAAAUGAAUAUUUUACAAAUAAGUUGCUUCAAAUCUGAUGCUGAACAUGUGCCAAUAUAUAGUUUAAUGAAACAUGUUUUAAGUGAAAUCAUGCUUAAAAAUUUUUGAAAAGUAUUUCUUGGCAACGUACUUCUUGUUAAUAAGUAUACUUUACUUCUUGUUAUGAGUAGUCUUGUUAUUAAGUAAGAUAGUACUUUUAUUGUGCUAAGAAUACGUUAUGGUUUGUUUUAAAAGUACGUCAGACUGUAUAAGACAUAUAUCACUAUAAAAGAUCAUGCUGAAGUCAGGAUAAAUAAACUUUGAAGAAUAAUACGCUCCACAAUGUGUCAGAGAGGGAUGUUUAUCGUCUACCUUUGGUUACAAUUUGGUAUUUCCUUGUGCUUCAAGUUAAAUGGCCCUACAUUCACAACAGAGCCACCACAUAUAUCUGAAUUUUCAAACUCAAGUGGGACCGUGAUUCCUUGUACUGCUAGUGGUAACCCUGCACCUGCCAUCACAUGGACUAAAAACGAAAACGAGGUGGUUCAAGAUAUACCAGGAAUUCGUCAUGUUCGAAGGGAUGGUGCUCUAGUGUUUUCCCCCUUCACACCAGAUGAAUAUCGUCCUGACAUUCAUUCAGUAAUUUAUAGAUGCAUCGCUUCCAACAGCUUUGGUGCUAUUGCGAGUCGAAAUGUCCAUGUUAGAGCAGUUAUCAGUCAAAGAUAUGAAAUCUAUUUGGUCGAUGAGUAUGUUCUUAAGGGUAACAUGGCUCUUCUUCGAUGCUCUCCACCGAGCUAUGUCAAAGAAUAUAUCAGAGUUACAGCGUGGGAAAGAGUUGACGGAUUUUUAAUCACGCCAGAUGUAAUUAGUGGUAAAUAUGGAAUGCUGGAUGAUGGAAAUCUUUAUUUCCGUGAUGUCAGAGAAAGAGAUGCAACCUUCAGUUUCCGAUGUCAUACCGAAAAUAUUAUCACAAGAGAAAAGAUUGUUAGUUCUAACUACUCUAAAGUUAUAGUUAUGGAGCCCCAAUACAAUCAACAGCCAAGGAUUGUCCACUCUUUGAGUAAAGUGAAAGCGAAUGCUGGACAUCACGUGAGUCUCUUUUGUAUAGCUCAAGGUCACCCAGUUCCUAAAUACCAAUGGUAUAAAACAAUUCAUGGACAGAGGAUUAUGUCUGGAAUUGGAGUUAGCGCCAAACAAGAAGAUGGUGUCUUAAAAUUCUCCAAUGUGAAAUUAUCAGACGCUGGAUUUUAUUCCUGCCAAGUCACGAAUUCCAUUGGGGAAGACAGAGUUGAUAUUGAAUUACUUGUAGAAGAGCCAUUAAAGGUUAGUAUCAUCCCAAAAGAACUGCAACUAAAUGUGGGUAAAGAUGGUCUUUUCAACUGCUCCGUCGAGGGUCAACCAUUUGACAGCAUUUUCUGGAAGAAAGAUACAAGAUUUAUUGGGGCAGAUUCUCGAAUUUUAUUCCCGUCUCCGACCAUCCUUCAAGUGACCCAUCUCAGGGGACAGGAUUCGGGGAUGUACCAGUGCUUCGUCCAGAGGGAAUCCUACUCUUCACAGGCAACUGCCAGGCUUCUAGUUGGAGACCUAUCUCCACAAUUCAAGCUCACUUUUCCGGAAAAGACUGUACGUCCUGGUAGCUUUAUUUCUCUUCUGUGCAUAACCAGUGGCAACCCAACUCCCCAAGUAAAGUGGACACUAGACGAUGUCUGGACAUUAUCCACAAGACCUGGUAUCGCAGUCAGCACUUACUUGAGCCCAGCUGGAGAUGUGUUCAGUUAUGUUAAUAUCACAUCUGCAGAUGUAAUGGACAGCGGUCUCUACAGUUGUGUGUCCUUCAACGAAGCUGGUAGAUCUGUUCAUUCACGGCGAUUGAAUGUUUUUGGGUCAGUGUUCAUCAGACCUCUGAACAAUUUGACUGCUUUAGCUGGAGGAACCUUCAAAGUCUUCUGUCCAUUCGGGGGUUAUCCAUAUAAUGAUAUCAUCUGGAAGAAAGAAGGAGAAACUAUUGCUAAUAACCAGAGGCAGCAUGUUUAUCAAAACGGUACUCUUCUAAUAAGUGAAAUGUCCAACGAAGAUGGUGGCCUCUACAGUUGUGAAGUCCGAAGUUCACAAAGUGCUCCCGUCUCCAGAACAUUUAGAAUUUCGAUCAAAAAUGCUCCAAAAAUAGCCAAUUUUUCCUUCCACAACAACUUAUACGAAGGUAAAAGAACAGCUGUAACAUGCAUUAUAGUAGAGGGAGAUGGACCUAUAUCUACUACUUGGCUUAAAGAUGGUAUACCAUUUGAUGCUAAUGAUCUUGGAGCUGUUUUAACGUAUGCUGAUGAGAAUUUUGUAUCUACAUUAACAUUCAAGAACUUGACAUACAACCAUAAUGGUAAUUACACAUGUGUGGCCAGAAAUGAGGUUGCCUCUACAUCGCAUAGCGCAGUUCUUGUCGUUAGAGUCCCUCCUAGAUGGAUAAUAAAACCCACUAAUGUAACAGCUGUGGCCGGUCGACCAGUAAAAAUUGAAUGUCAGGCAGACGGUGUUCCAUUACCACAUGUACGAUGGAAAAUGUCUUCUUCUGGUGAGUCUUCACAGCAAUUCAAAACAAUUGUUAGCCGAUCUCAUGUCCAUAUCUUGAUGAAUGGAUCCCUAAAUUUUCAAAAUGUUGAGAUAUUGGAUUCCGGGUAUUAUAUGUGUGAGGCAAGUAAUGGUGUCGGAUCUGGAAUUACCGCUGUAGUAUAUCUAUCUGUUCACAGUGUUCCACGUUUUCAUACAAAAUAUGCAAUGAUGACGGUAAGACGAGGUGAUAAGGCAUUAAUGGAUUGUGAAGUAGUGGGUGAUAAACCCAUUAGUUUUUCAUGGAGAAAAAAUGGAGCGGCCAUUGACACGGAAACAGAGAUACGAUAUUCACAGAAAACUCAUGAGAGUGUCUCUGGAGCCCGAUCGGAAUUAGUCAUUGAAAAAGUGGAAAAGAAAGAUUCAGCUUUGUUCUCUUGCACUGCAGCUAAUCAAUAUGGAGAUGAUUCAAAGAAUAUUCAGCUCACAAUUCAAGAUAUUCCUGAUGCACCCAAGAGUACUGAAGUUCAUGAUGUUUCGAGUAGAAGUGUUAGACUUUCUUGGAGUAAACCAUUUGACGGGAAUUCUCCCAUAAUUCAAUACACAGUCAUGUGGAGACAGCUAGGAGGUGAAAAUACUGGGGGUCCAGUUACAGUACCUGGACACGAGACGUCUUUAGUAAUUCGAGGACUGAAACCGAAGAAUCGCUACUUUUUUCGCGUCAAAUGUGAGAAUUCAUUGGGGGAGAGUCAGUUUGGAGCAGAAGUGGCUGUGACGACACUGGAAGAACCUCCCAAGAGAGCUCCAUAUGGUGUGAAAGUCUCCGCAGUUUCAUCGAGGUCUAUCAAUGUUACGUGGCAAGUAUCAAGAGAUGAUGACAUUGAAAGCGUCGAUGGAUUUUAUAUAGGAUACAAACCCUAUAUCAAGUCUGAACCUUACAAUUUUAAAGCAAUUAACGCAUCUUUCUUAGUUUAUCUCAACUUUAUUCUCACCGGAUUGUCACCCUUAACUGACUACAGUGUCAUUGUCCAAUCCUACAAUAGCAGGGGUGCUGGACCCCCAUCCGAACCAGUUAUUGCAAGAACUCUAGAAUUCGACAAACCAGAAUCUCCUGCUAUAAAAACGUAUUAUUCAACAACUAAGUCCAUUAAAAUAUCUUGGGAUUCUAGAAGUACACCAACAUCCCCAGUUGCUGGUUACAUAUUGUGUCACAAAAAGGAAGGAAACGACUGGCAUGAGAUCCGCUUGCCUGGUGACAGAAACUCGUACACACUCCACGACUUACAGUGUGGCACAUCAUAUUCUUUUUAUUUGAUUGCCUUCAACAGCGCGGGGAGAAGCAACGACAGUGAGAUACUGUCAGCAAAAACUGAUGGAGUGGCUCCAAUAACACCGGACAAAGACCGUCUCCUGACUGUGAGUUCAACUAGCGUGUUUGUAAAUCUCAGCAGUUGGCACAACGGUGGCUGUCCAAUAACUGUCUUCGUGAUUCAGUAUAGGGCUAGUGGUCAACAGGAAUGGACUCUGGUCAGUAAUAAUAUUGUUCCAGAGCAACAGAACAUAACCAUAACGGAUCUCAUUCCCGGGACAUGGUACACCUUGUUAAUCACAGCUCGAAAUGAUGCCGGAGCAACAGAUUCAGAGUAUAUCUUCGCUACGCUGACAUUGUCCGGAGAAUAUCCUCCUCACCCUGCACAAGUUCGGGAAAUGAGCAGUACGAUCUAUCGUCAUUUGAUCAUCACUGUCCCUGUCGUGAGUUCUGUCAUUGUCUUGUGUGUGGUUCUAAGUGCCGUCUGCAUCAUUACGAGAAGACGGGCGAACGAUGUGAACAAUAGAGCAUCCACUGGUUUUGAAACAAACGAUACAGUUAAGCCAGAAAAUCUGCAACUGCCAGUUAGAUACGACAGUUCACAAGAAGCAGCCUAUUAUGCCAGUAGUCGUGUUCUCAAUUAUAAUGACCAGUGCAUUCAAAAUUCGAAUCUUUGUCAGAAGAAUACUGGAACACUGCAGAAUACCAGACAUAGUUACAACUAUGAUAUCCCUUACGUCAAAAGAAAGUCGGAGAAAUGUGAGGGCAAUUAUGAAUCUCCUACCCUAUAUUUCCAAGCAUAUCAUCACUCAGGCAUUGAGACGAGGUUUUCUCAUGGUGAUCGAAUCAUCUACAGUGAAUCAAAGCGAAUUCGGAAUAAGAGGUCAAUAAAAGGGAAUCGAGAAAGUAAUGGAAAUACUGAAGCUAAGGAAGAUUUAAGGUAUAUUGCUAGAACAACUGAAGAUAGAAUAUUUAGGGAUGAUUCCAGAGAAUCAGAAACAGAAUGUGAUAGAUUAUGGAAGACUUAUGAAAGCUGCCAAUAUGAAGAAACUAAAAGAUGGACGCCGGAGCAUACAAUUUUGAGUUAGCAACGGCAAUUCCAAAGAUUAUUUAUUAUCAGCUCGAGUAUUAAUUCCCAUUUCAAGAGCUUUCCCAUCAAUGUUCUCGAUGUGUAACGUCAUUCUAUUUUUUAUAUCAUCUUUGUAAAUAUGUGUAUUUUUAAAAUCAUUAAUAAAACUAUCAAAGC